AUGCGAAAUGUGCGAAAGCGAACGAUAAAAGGACGAAAAGUUAUUUUCCUUUAUUGCAUUGCUGGAAAUUACAAACUGAUCUGUCUUUAUGAAUCGCAACCGCUUGACCGACAUGAUGUAAGUGAGGGUGCAGAAGAAGGUUUCAGUGAGGAUAUUGCAACUAUGGCUGAAUCUGAUUGUGGUAGUCCUUGCUUCGCUCUAUCCGAUGGUAUACUAGAGGAAUCUGCUGGCCGAAAAAAGUAUCCAAAUGAUUCAGAUAUGGUUCAGGGCUAA